CUAACUUCUUCCCGUUGAGGCAGUAAAGCAUACCCCUCCUCUCCUCCCUCCCCACUCUCUCCCUCUCAAGGCAUGUCUAUUUCUUCAAUGGAAAUCCCUUUACGUACUCUCGCACCAUGCUCCUGCAACUCCUCUUCUUCCCCCAAAAUCCCUCUGUCGGAACCUUCCAGAUUUGAAAACCGCGGACCACCAAAAGAAUGCAAGGAAGCUGUGUCCUCAUCAGCCCUUCUCCCUCUCCUCACCGACGAUGCGGAUCGCGUCGUGAGCGAAACUGCCGCGGCCCAGUCGAAUCCAGCGGUCGGUGUUUCUCCAGCGCAGGACUCUCCGAAAUCUUCCCAUAAAGGCAGAGUGGUUAUCAGAAAGAAGAAAAGAACGCCAAGACCUUCUUUUCCUGCUUCUUCUUCUUCUUCCUCUUCCUCUUCUGCUGCUUCUUCUCAGCCACAUGGAGGAGUGAGGCACUUCUCUCUGAGACGCCGGAACCUGUCGGCGCCCUGCGGGCCCCGCGGUGGGCAUGAUGUCCAGGCCCUCGCGCUUCCUCUAGGGAUGUCGAUCGCUGCCAUAGUUGCGCAGGUUCUGGACCGGAAGGAUGCUGCAGGAGAAAGGUUUCCAGCAGACAAUCUUUCUAUGAUCUGCAUAGCAGCUGUGAAGGAGUCUGUGGCGAGUGUCUUUGGAGACAGAUUUGAAGGUUUCAUGAGAAACUUUGAAACUUCAUUUGGCAGCACGCUGAAGACAUUGCGGCUGCUCAACCAAGUAUCUCUUAAUGAGGAAGGAGGUUCUUUAUGCACUUCUGAUGUUAUAAAUUCUCAUUUGGAAGGCCCGCCUGUUCUUGACACUCAUACACAACCUGCUGAAGACAUUGAAACAUCAUUUGGCAGCACACUGAAGACAUUGCGACUGCUCAACCAAGUAUCUCUUAAUGAGGAAGGAGGUUCUUUAUGCACUUCUGAUUUUAUAAAUUCUCAUUUGGAAGGCCUGCCUGUUCUUGACACUCAUACACAACCUGCUGAAGACAUUGAAACAUCAUUUGGCAGCACACUGAAGACUUUGCGACUGCUCAACCAAGUAUCUCUUAAUGAGGAAGGAGGUUCUUUAUGCACCUCUGAUGUUAUAGAUUCUCAUUUGGAAGGCCCGCCUGCUCUUGACACUCAUACACAACCUGCUGAUGUCAAAGCCAUCCAUGAGAAUGCCCCAUCGAAUUCUGUAAACCAUGAGCUCAUCCUGCGUGGUGAUAUGAACCAACAGCCGGUGAGUCUUUCUCAAAGUGUAUCUGGUUCCGGAUAUAAUCAAUCUGCCUUGAGUACCUUUGAAAAAUCCGUCAUGGAGCAAGCUCGCUCGAAUGACCUCAAGAUGUAUGAGCUCGCUCUUGUCAUGAAACGGUUGCAGUUAAAAGAAUCACAGCUGGCACUCUCUUCUGAUUCAAAUAUUUUGGAGAGGUGUAAACUAUCUAUGGGAAUAUCUAAGGCAUCUUUCAAAGUGGAGAAAUUUAAGAGCCAGCUGGAGGAUACAAGGCAUGCCGAACUACUAAAGAAGUGUAUAGACUGCCUUGUUGCUGGCCUGCUUAUAAUGUCAGCCUGCCUCAUGUAUGGGGCUUAUGUUUACUCUUACAAACGUAUCUCGGAGGCCACUGACUCUUGUACAUCUCCACCCAAGGAAUCGAAAUCUUGGUGGGUUCCAAAUCCAAUGUCAUCUGUUACCUCAGGGUUUCAUUCUCUGAAAUGCCAUGCCACAGUUCUGAGCCGCAUGCUGUUUGGAGUGCUGAUGAUACUGGUGAUCGCUUAUUCACUUCUCCAACGUUCGGCGACUUCAAGGCAGACCAUGCCAGUGACGGUUAUCUUAUUGCUGUUAGGAGUUGUCUGUGGCUUUUUUGGCAAGCUGUGUGUUGACACUUUAGGCGGGAGCGGAUAUUGCUGGCUUUUGCAUUGGGAGACACUCUGUUUGCUGCAUUUCUUUGCAAAUGUCUGCACGCCUUUUCUGUUUUGUAUUCUGCACGGUCCUCUUUCCAUGUCUCAAGGGGCCCAACAGCAGGUCUUGUUGCCAUACUGGAUUCGGCGAGUCGCAUUUUAUAGCACCAUGCUUUUGUUUCUCCCCUUGCUGUGCGGUCUGAUGCCAUUUGCAUCACCCCAUGACUGGCAAGAGCACUUCUCCUCCCUUGUGGCAGAUAAGUUAUUUGAUCCAGUUUUGGGGGAGAGAAGCUGAAAUUUUCUAAGUACUGCGGAGAUAGCGGUGGGGCAUCAGGGGAAGCACAGUAGAAGUUCAAAGGCCUCUUUAUAGGAUUGCUGGGUCCUGGUGAUGGUAUGACUGCAGUUUGAAAAUGGUUGCUGCCCAAGGUGUGCCAUGACGGCUGCUACAGGGCUGGCCGUUACUUAACAGUAACGAUACGCAUUACAGGCUGGUACAGUUUUUUUUUUUUUCCAAAAAGAAAAAAGAAAAAAAGGAGAGACCGUAACAGUUGUUGUCCACAACGGCUGUUACGGACUGUAUCAUAACGAUAGUAGUGGUGGCCGUUGCAGCCACAAUUGCUGUUACAGAAUGCCAUGUUGCUGCCCCAUCAACGACCAAGGGUUCAGGUACAUGAUUUUCUGUUAAUCAUCAGAUCAUCAUCAUCAUCAUCUUACCUUUUUCUCCAGUAGUUUCUAGUCAGUUUAUACAUAUAUAAAUAUAAUUAUUUUAUGUAUACUUCAUCUUCAAUUUGUUAAGAAGGAAGGCAUCCCUUAUUUGUCU